UUUUCAUCCAUCUAUAUAUGUAGCUAGUAGAAAAAAGGGUACUAUUGUCAUGUAAAUUUCUACACAAACACACACUAGUCACUGAACAAAUUUAUUUCUUUAUCCCAUUUAUGUCGCUGACCUCUCUCUCCUCUCUACGACUCUACCCAUCUCUUCAUUUACAAAGCAAAGUGACAAAUCCACAUUCUCUCUCUCUCUCUCUCUUCCUAAGUACCACUUCUCCAUUAUUAUUUAUUUUGUUUUAUAAGGAAGCGCGGAAACCGCUAGUUUCUUUGGUCGAUUUUUCCACCAAAUCUCCAGAUGGGUCGGUCACCAUGCUGCGACAAGGUGGGCUUGAAGAAAGGACCUUGGACUCCUGAAGAAGACCAGAAACUCUUGGCUUAUAUUGAAGAACAUGGCCAUGGAAGCUGGCGUGCCUUACCAGCAAAAGCAGGGCUUCAGAGAUGUGGAAAGAGCUGCAGACUAAGAUGGACUAAUUAUUUGAGGCCUGAUAUCAAGAGGGGAAAGUUCAGUUUGCAAGAAGAACAAACCAUUAUUCAACUCCAUGCUCUACUAGGGAACAGGUGGUCGGCUAUAGCAACCCACUUGCCAAAGAGAACAGAUAACGAGAUCAAAAAUUACUGGAACACCCACCUCAAGAAAAGGCUAGCCAAAAUGGGAAUAGACCCUGUGACCCACAAGCCCAAAAACGACCUCCUCUCAAACGACGGUGCUCAAUCCAAAAACGCAGCCAAUCUUAGCCACAUGGCUCAGUGGGAGAGUGCUCGGCUCGAAGCCGAAGCCCGGCUCGUCAGAGAAUCUAAGCUCCGAAACAACUCAUGUUCCUCACACUACUCGGCUCCAAAGCCAGCCGAGCUGCUCACUACUGCUGCUGCUGCUGCUAAUUCCAACAUUAUCAUGCCUAAUUGGAAUAAUAAUGUCGUUUGGUCGAAGUCAACUGUCGUUCGCGGAGACCUUGAGUCUCCCACGUCAACACUUACCUUCUCGGCCGAAAAACGCAGUAACAAUGCUGUCGUUCAUGAGUUUGUUGGGUCUUCCUCUGCCUCCUCCGAGACCGGGAUGAUCAAAGAAGAAGGAGAGCAAGAUUGGAAAGGAUUUGGAAAUAAUAAUAAUAACUCUACUACUAGUUUGAACGACCAACAUUAUGAUCAAGAAGGGUUGGAGAAUUCGUUGUCGUUUACUUCAGGGCUUGGAGUUGGAGGGACGUGGACAAGUAGUACUACUAGUGCUAAUAAUGCUCAUGAUGUUGGCAUUGACGUUAAUAUUAUUGCUGAGGAUCAGGGGUUCACUAGUCUUUUGCUUAACAAUUCCGACGACCGGAGUUUGUCCGAUGGCGGCGGCUGCGACUCCGACAACGGUACCCGUGGGAGUGGAAGUGGGAGUGAUCAGCACUAUCAUGAUAAUGAGAAUUAUUGGAAUAGCAUUCUCAAUUUGGUGAACUCUUCACCUUCUGAUUCUCCAAUGUUCUAAGAUUAAUUCCCGGCCACACACAAGGUUGACUUUGAAACCUCUAGUCAAACCCCGGUUAAGCACUCUCGGUCUUAUUUUUAUUUUUAUUUUUUUUAAUGUUGUGAAUUAUAAGUUAGGUUAAUACCACAUAGAAAUAUUAUUUGCCAAAAUUGUUACUAGUUCUUCCACGGUAUUCAGAUAUAUGUGACAUGUAAUAAAAUGGUUCACAUGCUUUGGUAUAGUUGUGAAAGC